CUUUCAUUGAUACACAGUUCGAUGCUAUUCAAUUCUGAUUCAAUUCUAAAAUUCAAAAUCCAUUCUAUAUCAUAAUCCUCUAAUUAAUAUAAUUUCCCACGCUACAUAUUACGCGUAAGUAUACAUUUCCGAUUACUAUUUACACACCUGAGCGAACCAGUAACCAUCCCCAUACCGUAUGAUCACCAACACCAACACCCAUCACCCAUCACCCAGUACCCACUGCUAAACGCCAAAAUCCCACAACGACUCACUUUCCACCACACUGCACGUGUGAACCAAUACAGAACCAGUAAACGAAACAUCCGCGCGACUGUGCGCACCUGUAAGUCGCAACUGCGCCCACAAUUCGCGUGCGGCAAUCUCCCGUUUCGUCGUUUAGUCGGAAAACAGUAUCACGCAAUUACAAACUGUUCCAGCCUAUGAAGUUCCCUACUGCGUACCAGCUAGGUCAGUUCAGUCGCCAAAGCGACUCGACGAAAGAAGAACGAACGUUUUAAAACUGGUGUUCGCGACUUUUUCUUUUUUUUUUUUACGAGCGUUACAACGAGGAAAGUCAUCACGACAGAUCAUCGAUCGGGAUACGAAUCCCUACGAGAAAGGUUGGAAAUCGACGACGAGGAAAUCAUCACCUUGGUAACCAACGGCAAAACAUAAGUGCGGAUCGUUGGAAACGUGAUACGUGGAUUCGAGGAACGUAGCAAGGCGAAUAUCUCUUCUCUAUAUGGAUUUUUCGGUCCGAUUCGAUUCACGUCUAGGAAGACGUUGAUCUCUCGUAGUCGACAUCGGUUUUUUUUCUUCUGUCUGACAUGACAGUUCUGGAGGAACUCGACUCGUGGCCUCAGGCAUUCAGCAGCUGACGGCAACCAGGCGAUCGUACAUCCGGGGAAAAGCGUUCAACGCUUGGACAAAGAUGGAUACUGGCCUCUCCUGGAUCCUCGCUUUUGCCUUGAUCGCGCUCCUCGUAUCGGAAGGCUGGGCCAUCGAUUGCUUCAAGUGCGUGUCGAUCGACGGCGACAACAAGCCCUGUGACGAUCCGUUUCACAACAACGGGAGUCUGGCCUUCCUGGAGUCGCCAUGCUUAGGAGGUCGCAAAGGGCGCGAUGGUCUUUUCCCCGCGACUGCGUGCAUCAAAAUAGCGGGAAUAUAUGACGAAUCCGGGGUCUCUUUGACGGUGAGAAGCUGCGCGCUGGACAGCGGAACUCUGACGACCGACUCCGAAAUCAUAAGAAUGUCACAUUGCGGAGGAUUCUAUUUCGACGACAAAUACGUUCGUGGAUGCGUGCAGUCUUGCAACGAUGCGGAUGCCUGCAAUGGAUCCACACGGCGAGCAGUUGCGCUCGUGCUUUUAACUUUAUCGAUUUUCCUUGGACUAAUUUGACGAUGAUGGUCAGCGUAAAAUUCGCGUUAAUUAAAAUAUAGAUAAUUAUUGUAUAUAUCAAACGAAAAACGAUCACCUCUAUAUAUAACGGACCAGUUCGAACGUAAAUCAGUAACCUGACCAAUUUAGCUGUGGACCAAAGACGUAAGAAAACGAAAAUGAUAACUCGUAAGUGAUACAACGAAAGCUUUUUGGCUAUCGUUCGUAAAUUAUUGCAUUUAUCCAAUAUAUCAAACGAAAAUUAUUAUAAUCAAAAAAAAUUAAAGGUCCAAAUAAAUACAUAUGUUUGCGUUUCUUAUGGCGCUAUAAUUACGAAGGAAAAGUAUAUAGAAUCACUAUUUGAUACUAUUUGAUAGUCUGCAGAAUAAAAAGAGCAACAACUGCCAUUUUACGUAAACAUAACCGUUAUUGUUUUAUUAAUAUUCAUGCGUAGAAUAUGUAAUUUAUGAUCUAGUGAUUGCUUGAAAUUAUAGUCGAACGUAUAUUCGUGAGAUUAUCGUUAUUGCAGACUGUGUAGAAACACAAUAAAACAGAUUUUUAGUUAUAAA